CUAAAUAUGAACACUGGUCAUAACAGAAUGUACUCCUUUAGCACUCAUGGCAAAAUCAAGAGAGACAACUCAAGACUGAGUUUUCUUCCAACAAUGGGAUCAACAACCUCUAAAGCCACAUUCGAUAGGUCUUCUACAGGAAAAACCAAUCCACAAAGCCAGUUAUCAAAUCUGAAUUCUUUCUCUGAACGCAACCUGGCUUGGUCACUCACAUUUGAUAACAGCGUCAUUCAAGCUAGGAUAAAAAGGGAUGAACAUAGGAUGCUAAGAAGGAUAGAACUUGGAUCUUUCUCAGAAAGUUUUAAGUCUAAUAAGACCAUAAAGAAGAAAAGUAAACGCAAAGUUCAACUUUUUGACAAAGUCAAUUUGGAUACUUUGAAGAAUAGUAGAAGCAUGAAACUAUCUCUAAACGGAAGUCCUACUAUCAAGAAUAUGAAUCCCAAUAUGAGGUACAAGAUCAACCCGGAUUAUAAAAUGCCGUUGAAACAUGAUUUCCAGAUAUCUAACAAACUGAAUGUGACUAUAAACAGCUCUAAGAAGCCGAAUUCUGGUCUCACUAGUCCAACUCCCUCUAUUUUAAUUGAAGGCGAGAUUAAAAACUCUGCUUCUCACCAAUCAGAUUUCGUUGGUUCUGCUAAAUUGCCCAUCCCUUUACCAAGGAAAUCAGGUGAAGUUUCUAGCGAAGACAGCAGCUCUGAAGAUAGCCAGGAAUCUGAAGAAAAUAAACCUCUAGAAAUUGCCAAUGCAAAUAUCAGAGAAGUGAAGACGCCUCAGAUCCUUUGCAAGCCUCUGCCAGGGCCUUCUGCACUGAUAGAUGCUAAUUCUAACAAAUCCAGAACAAAUAAAAUAUGUUCGGGAAAAAGAAAUAAUUCUAAGAAUAUAAACGUCAGACUAGUUCAAAGGACUGCUCCAAAAUACACCUUCAUGCGCAACCAGAUUAUUGAAGAAGUUAGUGAGGUUGAAGAGGACCCAGUAGAAGAGAAGCAUAAAAAGUUAAUAAGAAAGAUAAGCCUUAAUUUACGCAAGAGUAUGGACUCUUCGGGGAUGAACCAUCAGAUAAUUGUCUCUGGCAUUUGCAGAAGCCCAACAAAGCAUUGCUUUAAUCACAAAUAAAUUGAUUGUUAGAAAGAAUAGGCCUACUUUCUCGAUGAAAAAUUCAGAGGAAGAUAAAGAAAUAUCAUCUGUACAAGAGCCUAGUAUUGAACCUUCUGAGAUAGGAGAGAACUAUAUCAAUCUUAACUUGAGACGAUCUGUCUGAGGUAUCAGAAGGAACACUUUAGGGAAGAUGAAGAAUAGAAAUCCCUCAGCUUUAGCUCAGAUGUUCCAUAGUAUUGAUUCUUCAUCAAUAUCUGGCUUUAAGCCAAUGAUAAGUAAGGAGAAGAGUAAACUAAAACCUCUUUUUAUUUUACCAAAAAAUACAUUAAAUAGCCCAGCAUACUCUCUAUCUCCUCUUGAAGAUAAGAAUGAUUCUGAUUUGAAGACUAAGAUCAUUAAGCUUAGGAAGAGAAAAGAGAGAGCUAGGCAGUAAGAGUAUAUUAGAUAUUAAGAAAUAUUCCAACUGGCUAAGAUAUAACAGGAUGUUUUAAAUCAAGUCUUAAUCUCCCAUGGCUGUAUCCCAGUGUUUACUCAGGGCUAGAGAAAUCGCUCAACUAAGAGAAUGCUUCUCUUAGUUAGAGGAUAUCAAAUUCCUUUAACACUAUGAAGCAAACAGCAUUUUAAAAUGCUUCUAGGUGAAGUGAAAGCUCUGGCUAGAUUAAGAACGGGAAUUUUCUACAAUUUUUCCAGUGAUCAAGUUUGUAUCUUCCCAGGAAUAUUUCUUAAUAACGAAUAAUUUUACAUAUGAUUUCUUACA